AUGGCGACGCUGGAAGCUUGUAUUAAGAACAAUAUCAGUAGAAAGAGAAAACAACGAAUCUUCGAGUUCAAGAGUUUUGGGAAAUCGGUAAUUGAUCUUUCGGGUCCCUUUCGUGAUAACAUCCGAUCGUUUCUUGAUGAAUAUGGUGAGCAGAUUGAACAACAGAAACUAACUGCCACCGUUUCCAACAAUGUCUGGUCUACUCUCCUUCUCUGCGAAUCAAACGGUGCUGUUUUCCCUCUUUACACCAUCGAAGAACUCAUCAAUGAUCAUUCCAUUUCCCCCUUUUGCUGUCACUGCAAAUCCGUCGGAUGGGGUCAUCAUUUUGUUUGUAAGAGAAGGUACCGUUUUAUGAUUCCACCGUAUGGUGAUAAACAACCAUUAAAGGAUCAUGAUCAGAAGAACAGUUUGGAGCUCGAUGAUACACAUAUCUUACAUGGAUUAAUUCACUGCAAUGGUUUUGGUCAUCUAAUUUCUAUCAAUAAAUUAGAAUUGGGUUCUUCAAAUUGUCUCACACAAACCGAUGUCAUGAAUCUCUGGGACAGCAUUUGCAGUUCACUUAAAACAAGGAAAGUAUCAGUUGCUGAUGUUAAAUUGGAGAGAUCAAUGGAGUUAAGGUUAAUUCAUGGAGUCGCUUUCGAGAAUUCAUGGUUUGGGAACUGGGGUUAUAAAUUUGCGCAUGGAAGUUUUGAUAUAACAGAUGAUAAAUACAGGGGAGCUGUGCGAUUUCUAGCCGAAUUAGACCUCGAUAUGAUCAUCAAUGACUUCAAAAGCACUUGCCAUGGAAGGAAAAUUCAACAAAUUAUCUGUAAAUACCGCGAAUUAAGUGAAACCCCAUUAACUUCCAUGAACGAGCUUCUGAGAUUUUUGCUUGAAUUUAAGCCAACUGCCCAGAUUGAGACCCAAAUUAUAGCACCAUCAAGAAAAAUCCCCAAGUACGAGCAUUCUACAUCUGAUGAAGAAAGUCAAAAUCCAAAGGGUUUGAAUGAAUUCUUGACUUCUCUCAUGGAUGCAGAUUGUAGAUGGCCUCAGAGGAGAGUUGAAUACUCGCUAGAAGUGAUCGUCAAGUUACUGAAACAGAAGAACAAUGCAAUGUCGAGGCAUGAAUUGAGGGAGAGCGCUCGACAGUUUGUUGGAGAUACUGGUUUGAUUGAUUUCGUGCUAAAAUCGAUCAAUGUUUUGAGUUUUGAAAAUUAUGUUAUUCGUCGAAUGGUCAACUCGUUGACCAAAUUGGUCGAGUUUGAGAUUCAUGAGGUGGCAGAGGAUUCCAAGACGGUGAAAUUUGUAUCAUCGCUGUGGAAAUUGGAGCCACGAUGGCCUAAGCAGAGGCUCGAAAAGACUGCUAAAGUGAUUGCAAACAUUCUGAAAGAACACAAGAUUUUGAGUAACGGAAGAAAUGGAGCAAUGUCGCGUAAAGAUUUGCGGAAUAUGGCUAGCAAGUACGUUGGAGACACGGGUUUGAUCGAUUUCGUACUGAAAUCGAUCGAUAAUUCGGUUAUCGGGAAGCAAAUCGUUACUCGCAUGAAAAACCCACUAACCCGAUUGAUGGAAUUCGAGAUUCGAGACCAAAACUGUGAAGAAUUUGGCUUUGAAAAAGAGGGAGAUGCUUAUGGAGAUGUCUUGUUUCUGUAUAGAAACGUUUUACUGGGUUACCCCUGGUGGAACUCGGUGAGUCAAGCAUGCCGAGUCGUCUUGAACAGCAAGUAUUUCGUGAAAGAAUGGGAGGUUGGGCUGGGAAAUGAGCAGCUAAUGACAUUAACCUGCCGGAUUCUACCAAGUUUUGACGAGUUGGAAACCGAGUUGACUCGUCCACUGCCACCUGGCGAGCUGGUAAUGGUGACACCGUGGAUGACAAUUGGGCAGCUGAGGGAGGUGGCGCAGUGCGCACUGAGGGACACAUACUGCAUCAUGGACAGGUUUGAAGUGAGUCAAAUUGGCGGGUUGAAAGGAAUACGGGACGAGGUGGUGCUAUCUUGCGCAGUGGAGGCUGGGGCGCAGGUUUGGGUUAGAGGGUGUGGGCUGGACUUGGGUACGACGCUGAGGUACGAAGGUGGAGAUGGAUACGCGGUAGAAUCAAGGGUGGAUUGUGGGUGCGAUGAUGAUGUUGAGAGGAUGGUACCGUGCGAUGAAUGCCAGGUGUGGAGGCACACGAGAUGCAGUGGCAUAGAGGAUGAUGAAGCCGCACCCAUGGAGUUCGUUUGUGGCGAUUCUGAUGCCAAGAGUAAGAGCGACCUCUUGAGCCAUUAG